UUGGUGUUGUACCAGAGUUGCAGCGAAAAACGAAAACCAAAAAGAUGCUUGGACUGAUGCCUGAGCAUUAUUAAACUUGUAACCUUAUCGCAGUAAACAACUAACUGAAAAAAAGUAGUGUCCAAAUAGUUUUUUUUGUACUGAAAAGGCGCGGAAAUAUAUUAAACAAGCAUUAUAAUGGAAGCCAUCAAGAAACGCGGAAGGCCCUCAACAGGCCCAAAAACUCCAAAAACACCUUCAGGCAAUGGACGCGGUCGCCCUAAGAAAAUCGAAGACCCAACAAGCGCUAAGAAAGAUAAGAAGACGCCAGUCAAAGUAGUACUUCCCACUCCGAAAAAAGCAGCGCCUAAGCCCAAGGAAGUAGCGGGAUCCCCUGGCAAGAAAGCGUUGGAAAACGCUGAGGAGCCUGUGCGCCACCUUGGUCGUCCCUCGAAGAAGAAGCCAUACUCGUAUGUGCCAACAGGACGCCCCCUGGGACGUCCGCCAAGUGGCAACCCUACGACCAAGCUGACCAUCAUUCGCACUGGCCGCAAGCCCGGACGCCCAAAGGCAAAGCGUGGGCCAUACGUGCCGACUGGACGUCCGCGUGGACGCCCAAAGGUAAAUCAGCUGGUUGUUGACGACUCUGAGGAAGUUGACGAAGAACCUGGGACGCCAAAAAAACGCGGUCGCCAACAACUCGCCGACAACAUAAAGUCGCCGUCUCCCAGCAAGUUAAUUAAGCUUUUUUAAUAUAUAAACUCAAAAUUCAACUACAUUAAAGACUAGACGUUUAGCUUUUUUGAGCUAUUAAUUUCAUUAAAAAUAAUAAGUUUCAUUAAAAAAGCACCUAUCCAAUAAUAUGUACCCUUGAUUAGUGACAAACCUAAGUAAAUAAACGAAUGCAAAAAAAA